UACAAACUUUGGAGGUAGAUCCGUUGUUUAUCGAAGCAUAAAAUCUGAGGAAAUAUGUGAUACAACGCUUUCAAAAUGACUCUUGUGCAUCGCGCGUUAUUCACAUGGUUCGUCCUGCUCGUGUUCCUGAUAUUACUCUGUCUUCGCCUAGAGCCACGAAGCCAUUGGAACUGGUUCAUCGUCUUCAUCCCUCUGUGGGUUUUCGAUACCAUUCUGAUCAUCUACGUCAUGAUUAAAAUCAUAACCAAAUGGAGGAAUCUUACCAGGUUAAAGGAGUUAUUGAUCUACUAUCAGUGGUACAUUGCCGGAGUUUUGCUGAAAAUCGCCGGCCAAGUGAUGAUCUGCCUCAAAUUAGAGUAUCAACAUUUAGAGCUUUCCAUUUACGUGACAAUGAUUCCCAUCUGGAUUUUAUUAGUCUCAACUAUUAUAUAUGUUUUCGUGAUUUUAAUUAAGAGUAAACAUUAGUGGUAAGAA